UUCGAGACCAGGACCACCACCGGCGGCGGGCGGCAGCCGCCGGCGCACCUCCAUCCGGCCGCCCGGUCCCGUCUUGUCCAGUGGCCCUCACCUCUUCCUCUUCCUCCCCCCUCCCCCUCCUUACCGCGAGGCGAGCGACGACCGGGCAAGAAGCUGGCCGCGACGACGGCGACGGUUGAGAGAAGGAGCAGGCGAGGUUGGUGACGCGCAAGCAGCUCGACCUGAGACCAUAAGCUGCAGAACUGGAGACUUGGAGACCAAAUAGGUGACCCUGCCUGAUCCAAUCUUGCUGCUCCUGAUCAGUGACAAAAAGCUUGAUAGAAACGUAUGGCACAUGAGUUUUUUGUUUACACCAGGUAGAUGAAAUAGACAAAGUAAAAUAUGCAGGAUUUUGGACAAUGGCUUCCUCAAACACAGAGCUCAGGCGAUCUUUAUUUCUCAAGUAUGAUGUCAUCUCAGUUGGACACUUUAGAGGUCCAGACUACAAAUAGUGCAAUAGCAUUAGUGGGGAAAGAGUCUGCUCAUCCGUUUGGCAUUAGGAGUGCUGCUGGCCCAAUUGAAGUCGCUAGAAAUGAUGCCGGGGCAGUUGAAGACGUUGAAAAUAGUGCUGGACCAACUGAAGUUAUUGACUUGAACAACACUCCACCACCAAAGGCUAAGAGGAAAAAACACAGGCCAAAGGUCUUCAAACCACCAAAGACUCCUAAGUCUGCAAUUCCAAAGCCUGCCAAGGCAAAGGAAGAAAAAUCAUCUGGCAAAAGAAAAUAUGUCCGCAAGAAUACACCAGCAUGCCAACCUCCCCCAGAACAGACUGGGGAUUCACACAGCAGGUCUAAGCAGAAAUCAGCUAAGCGGUGUCUGAACAUUGAUGGGGAUGUUCCACAAGAGAACACACAUCCUAGAUAUCAAGCUCAGAUGGUCUCUAUCGAUCCCAAGGAUUAUGAACCAUCCGAGUCUUCUACCAGUCAAAGUAAUGUCCAAACCCGGUCGCCAUUCAUGGGGUUUACCACCAGUUCAAUGUACAGUUCAGCCAAUCAGAUGGCUGGUCCACAGUUACUGCCUGCAGAUAAUACAGAAACACCAAUUUACAGUUCAGCCAAUGAAAUGACCAAUGCACAGUUUUUGCCUGCACGUUAUAUGCCAAAAGGAAUAUUACUUGACCUCAAUAGGUCUACUGAUCCGAUGCAAAAUGAGUAUGCUAAUUUUGUGGACAGGCCUUCACAAUUUCUUCUGUCAGGAAUAACGGAAACAUUACAAAAAGAUCCUUUGUUAGAGGUCUGUACUGGCAUGCCAGGCAAAAAUUUACCUGAUCUCAACAGUUCAAUCAGUCUAAUGCAGGGGAUGCCAACUAAUUUUACCGAAUACUUGCUUUCUUCUCCACAAGUUUCAGCAAGAGAAACACAAAUUGACAAACAGAUGCUUAAUUGUCACAGAAUUCCUGAAAAUUCAAAUACGACUGCUCAGUGUUCUGAAGGGGUUGCAAUGAGGGAAAAUUUCAAUCCCAAUCCUUACUCAAGAGAGGCUUGGGCAACCGACCAAAUGCCUCAUGGCUACAGAUCGACACAAAACCCCAUCUCACCGCCCAAGCACAUUGAAGGACAUUCCAUGGUAGCAAAUUUGAAUGAGCUCACAUCGAUAGACAGCUAUUUGAAGUUUAUGACCAGUUCUUACAUGCAAACAGGUGCUGCACCUGGACCUCAUGCUUCUCGUGGUUCAUGUCAUAUGCAUGUACUGGAUACCAGAGGAGAACAUAAUGCUUCCAAUGGUGGUCAUAUUUUGUUUGGUGUGAAUUCCGAACAACAAAGGAAUGGAUGGACAUCUGUAGAUGCUUGCCAUGCCGAAACCUCUCAGGGGCCAUAUUUUCCUGAAAAUUACAAAAGAAUGAGAACAGAAAAUCAUAGCAACGGUCUGAAUGGAGCUGUGGGUAACAUUUCUACCCCAUCUAUGUAUUUGUCGAACAAUCGGAAUACAAAUGUGGUUUCCGCUAUCAACUCUAACGUGUUUACCUUAGCUGAUGCUCAAAGAUUGAUAGCCCGUGAGAAAUCACGAGCUUCCCGAGGAAUGAUUAGUUUUGGAGCAUCAGGACACAAUAUGGGUAAAAGACCAGAAACGAUCCAACAACAUUACAGACCUGCUAUGCAUGGCACUGCAUGCAGGGAUUCUGUUGAAGCACCUGACGAACAUUUCAGGCUCAUAACAGAAAAGUGUGCACAGUUGCCCAGUAAUCCAAACACCCUCAGAAACCAAGGUUAUAAUGCGAGAACUGGAAGUCAGCAACUUCACUUUCUGGAAGGCAACACAGUUAAAGGGUCAGAUUUGCCGGCUGAACUGCAUAAGCAUAAUACUUCCCCUCUAGAUGAUACUCACAAUAGUUUCUGCAUUGGUCCUUCUGACGAGCUUGGUAGAAGUAUCAAUGGGGAAAAAGUUGGUUCCCCUGUCAUUCCAACAACCCAAUCAAAAGGUAAUGACACUCUCAAAAAGAAUAGUUGCCAGCUGGAGAGUUCUGGAGAGGUUAUUAGGCUCCUUACUAAUCCAAUCAAUUCAUCACCAGGUACUGAUGUUCUGAGAAAUGAGAAUCAGCAAGUGGAGGUUAGUGGAGAAACCACUGCAGCUAAAGCCAGUGAGAAGCGAAAAGUAGGCCGGCCUAGAAAAGAAAUAAAACCUGGUGAGAUGCCAAAGCCUAGAGGUCGUCCAAGGAAAGAAAAGGUGGUUGGUACAGAACUUAAGUCCAAAGAUAGCAAUACUGAUCGAUUGCAAAAUGAGGAUAUUUGUAGUGUCUCUGGACAUCAUGCGGUUGAGGCUCCUGGUUUCAGAGGGCUUAAUACGGAAAGAAGUGGUGAAAGCUUUCCUGGAGCUAUGGCUCCCCCGGUGGAUCCUUUGGAUCUCAUAAUUCAAAAGAUAAAAGUCUUAGACAUAAACAAAUCAGAUGACACCGGGUCACCUGAGCCACAUGGUGCUCUUGUGCCUUACAAAGGAGAAUUUGGUGCAAUUGUUCCAUAUGAGGGGAAAGUGAAAACAAAGCCUGCUCGGGCCAAAGUGAACCUUGAUCCAGUAACUGCCCUAAUGUGGAAGUUAUUAAUGGAACCGGAUAUGGUUGAUGGUUCUGAAGGGAUGGAUAAGGACAAGGAGAAAUGGCUUGAUGAAGAAAGAAAAAUAUUCCGAGGACGCAUUGAUUCAUUCAUUGCUCGCAUGCAUCUAGUUCAAGGAGAUCGGCGUUUUUCUCCUUGGAAAGGAUCAGUUGUGGAUUCAGUAGUAGGUGUUUUUCUUACUCAGAAUGUUUCAGACCAUCUUUCUAGCUCUGCAUUUAUGGCUCUUGCUGCGAAAUUUCCUGCAAAGCCAGAAGUGUCUAGAAUACCUGCAAGUAGGAUGUUUCAUGCCAUGUCAGAAGAGAAUGGAGAUUGUUCCAGAUUGUUUGGUGAUUCUGUCAAGUUGCAGGGCAGCAUUUUUGUUGAAGAGGCGAGUAACACAACAGCCUCCUUAGUUACAACAGAAGAAAAAGAAGGAAGCAACAGUAUUGGACUGUUCGGAAAUUCUCCUGGAGAUGGAGUAGACUGUGCAGCAGGACUUUAUUAUAGUUCUUAUGGGGCACUGCCGGUUAGACUGCACGAGAGCAAGACACAGGGGACUGAAAGUGUGGUUGAAGCUGAAGAUGUGGCAUUGGAGGAUGUUGUUUCAUCGCAAAACUCUGCCAUUUCAUCUCUAAGUUCCCCAGAUUAUCUGUUUCACAUGACUGAUCAUACGUUUCCUAGCACAUAUGUAAAUUUUACAGCAGAAGACUUUGCUGGCAGAAAUAUGCCUAAUGGUACGAGCAAUUCCACCACAUUUACAGAACUUCUAAGGAUGCAAGAGCUAAAAAGCAAGUUUAAUGAAAAAAAUGGUUUAUGGGAAUAUGAUCGAUUUUCAGAGCCAUGUGGAAACAAGGGGUCAAUGCCCAGUGAAGUACAUCAUCUCAGCAGCAAUCGUCAACCACUUCAUGCUUCUGUCUCUAGUUACCAGAAUGGCCAAGCUCAUCUGCCAGAUAUAACACAUGCCAGUUAUUUAGAGGGCUCAAUAUAUACUGGCCUUAACAGAACAGAUGAUUCCAAUGCCAUACCAGCUGAGACUAGAUUUGAUUGUUCUUUAUCUUCUCCUGGAAUUGACUGUGAUAAAACCAAAAUGGCUGAUUCUUUAACUGCCCUUUUAUAUGAUAUAGAUGGAUCUUUAAGUCAGGACAAAAUUCAUUUCCCUUCUGCGACGACACGAGGAGUUGACUUUAUUUCACCAAUCAUGGACAAAUAUUUUCAUCCGCCAAGUUCAGAGACGGUUUCAUUUGCUAAGGAGCAGUCCAUUGAAAAUGAUCUUUCAAGAAAUGAUGCUGUACCUGCAUUUGUGAAACAGCAUGUAACUCUGAAUUUGCAAGAGGAAUUUACUACCAAAGCAAUGCAAAUUGGAGGUGAAAAGCACCAGUCAGGAUGUAGCCAACAGUAUGGUAAUGUUGGACUCUUAAAAAACAAGGACGCGAUUCAUUUUUCUUCAAACUUGUAUCAAAGCGAGAAAGCAAAUUCUGAACUCCUACAGGCUGUUGCUUCAGAUUCGGUAGAGAAACCCAAAGAUUCUAAAAAGGCUUUCCCUGAAGUUCUUGCUGACAAAUCAAAAACAAAGAAGGCAAGAGUUGCUCGUAAAAAGAGAACCUAUGAUUGGGAUAGUUUAAGAAAAGAAGUUAUUGCCAAUCGCGGAAAUGAAGAAAGAGGUCAGAAUGCAAAAGACGCACUUGAUUGGGAAACAAUAAGGCAAAUAGAUGUGAAGGAAAUAUCUGACACGAUUAGAGAGCGAGGGAUGAACAACAUGCUGUCGGAGCGUAUAAAAGCAUUUCUAAACCGGUUGGUGACAGACCAUGGGUCCAUUGAUCUUGAAUGGUUGCGCUAUGUGGAUCCAGACAAAGCAAAGGAGUACCUCUUAAGUAUUAGAGGACUUGGACUCAAGAGUGUAGAGUGUGUGCGUCUUUUGACACUUCAUCAUAUGGCUUUCCCUGUGGACACAAAUGUUGGUAGAAUAUGUGUGAGGCUUGGAUGGGUGCCACUUCAACCCCUACCUGAGUCUCUUCAGUUGCAUCUGUUGGAGCUGUAUCCGAUGCUGGAGAACAUACAGAAGUACCUCUGGCCUCGAUUAUGCAAGCUUGAUCAGCGGACAUUGUACGAGCUUCACUAUCAAAUGAUAACGUUUGGUAAGGUGUUCUGUACAAAAAGUAAGCCAAAUUGCAAUGCGUGCCCAAUGAGAGCUGAAUGUAAGCACUUUGCGAGUGCAUUUGCGAGUGCUAGGCUUGCUCUUCCUGGACCUGAAGAGAAGAGUUUAGUUACGUCAGCAAACCCAAUUGCUGCAGAGAGCUGCCACCAGCCAUAUAUAAGUUCUAGGCCUGUAAAUCAACUUGAUUGGAAUGCACAUGCCCAUGACAAUGUUUUGGAUAAUCGCCAGCCAAUCAUUGAAGAGCCCGCAAGUCCGGAACCAGAACCAGAGACAGAAGACAUAAAAGAGAGUGCCAUAGAGGAUCUUUUCUUAGAUGAUCCUGAAGAAAUUCCUACAAUCAAGCUUAAUUUUGAGGAGUUCGCACAGAAUCUCAAGAAUUAUAUGCAAGCCAAUAACAUUGAAAUUGAAGAUGCUGAUAUGUCAAGUGCCUUGGUUGCGAUAACUCCAGAAGCUGCAUCUAUCCCAACUCCUAGGCUCAAGAACAUUAGUCGCCUAAGAACAGAGCAUCAAGUCUAUGAAUUGCCAGACUCACAUCCACUUCUGGAAGGAUAUGACCAAAGAGAGCCUGAUGAUCCUUGCCCGUAUCUGCUCUCCAUAUGGACCCCAGGUGAAACAGCUCAGUCAAUUGACGCACCCAAGACAUCUUGCAACUCCUAUGAGAGUGGUAAACUAUGUGACAGCAGUGCAUGCUUUAGUUGCAACAGUAUACGGGAGGCGCAGGCUCAGAAAGUCAGAGGAACAAUUUUGGUACCAUGCCGAACAGCUAUGAGAGGAAGUUUUCCACUCAAUGGGACAUAUUUUCAAGUAAAUGAGGUAUUUGCUGAUCAUGACUCAAGCCGAAACCCAGUUGAUGUUCCAAGGAGAUGGAUAUGGGACCUUCCUAAGAGAACAGUUUAUUUUGGAACUUCAGUUCCUUCAAUCUUUAAAGGUUUAACAACUGAAGAAAUACAACAUUGCUUUUGGAAAGGAUUUGUGUGCGUGAGGGGCUUUGAUAGGAUAUCUAGAGCACCAAGGCCACUGUAUGCGAGGCUUCACUUUCCAGCAAGCAGAGUUAUGAGGAAUAAAAAGGGUGCAGCAUCUGCAGCUACAGAUGACACAUAGGACGUUAUGAGAUAAAAAAAAGGUACAUAGAAGAGACAUUGCCAGAAGAUCACUGACCUGAAAAUGGAUCACUGACCAAUAAGUUGCUGUCACCAACUCAACCAUUUUUAGCCUUGUGAAUUUGCAAAGCUGACAUUAUUCAGCAACAUGAUCCAUUACUACAGAUUUCUGCUUGUUUGUUACCAUUCAAGGAGCUCAAUACAGCUGAUGGGCAGGAAAGAGAAAGUCUGCUGCCUGGCCAUUCUGUUGGUAGUUUCUUGUGAUCUGAACCAACUGUUGUACACCUGGAGGCGUCAUCCGUUCAAAGUUGUUGUUCAUGUUGUUCAGUAAUUCAUGUGAACGAUGUCAAACUAUUCGUCAAUUAUUUCAUUGUUUCAUUGAUGAGGCCAUUUGGCUGUUUACUUGUGUUACUUAGCUACAGCGACAACAGAAUGUAAUGAAAAGAUGAAUUUGUCA